AUGACCGGAUCAUCUUCUCAAUUUCAACAACUUGAAAAGCUUGGUGAAGGUACUUAUGCUACAGUUUAUAAAGGACGGAAUAGAGCCACGGGGACGUUUGUGGCCUUGAAGGAGAUCAACUUGGAUUCGGAAGAAGGUACACCCUCUACGGCCAUCAGAGAGAUUUCCUUAAUGAAGGAGUUGGACCAUGAGAACAUUGUUACCUUGUAUGAUGUUAUUCACACUGAGAAUAAGUUGACAUUAGUGUUUGAAUAUAUGGACAAGGAUUUAAAGAAGUAUAUGGAGAACCACGGUAAUCAGAAUGCUUUAGAUUUGAAGAUUGUCAAGUCGUUUAUGUUUCAAUUGUUGAAAGGAAUUAUGUUUUGUCAUGAUAAUCGUGUUUUACAUCGUGAUUUGAAGCCUCAAAACUUAUUGAUUAACCAUAAAGGAGAAUUAAAAGUUGGAGAUUUCGGUUUAGCAAGAGCGUUUGGAAUCCCCUUCAAUACCUUUUCAAAUGAAGUGGUUACCUUAUGGUAUAGAGCUCCUGAUGUUUUAUUAGGGUCCAGAGCUUAUACUACAUCCAUUGAUAUUUGGUCUGCCGGUUGUAUUUUUGCGGAAAUGUGUACUGGGAAGCCUUUAUUCCCUGGUACCAAUAACGAUGAUCAAUUGACCAAGAUCUUUAGAAUAAUGGGUACUCCAAACGAAAGGACAUGGCCUGGUGUCAGUCAAUACACGAACUACAAAAACAAUUGGCAAAUCUUUUUACCUCAAGACUUUAGAAUGAUGAUUCCUAAUUUGGACUCCAUGGGUUUGAACUUGGUCCAGAGCUUAUUGCAAAUGAGACCAGAAGCAAGAAUCACAGCAAGACAAGCUUUACAACAUCCAUGGUUCCAUGAGAUCACGCAACCAACCCCUGUUUUACCAUUGGCUGAUCCUUAUCAACAACAAAUCCAAGACCAGCAACAGAAACAGCAACAACAACAACAAUCUUACUAA